AUGUCAACAACGGCCAAGGUCCUCCUCUCGGCAGCACACGCCACCAUCUUUUACUAUGGCUUCCAGCUCCAGCGCAACGACAAGGAACUAUCCGACAUCAACACCAUUGGGUUCUCAAUCUACUGCUCAAGAGGUGCCGCCCUCUGCCUCGCCUUCGACAUGGCCCUCAUUAUGCUCCCAAUGUGCCGCAAACUACUCUCCUACGUCUCCAGGAUAUUCUUUGCCCUCUUUCACAUUGGCCAAGGAACUCUCUCCGAAGGCAACAACUCCAACACGGCAACUUAUCACAAGCUUCUCGCCUACCACAUUCUCUUUUUUCUCACCGUCCAUGUACUCGGCCACUGUGUCAAUUUUUACCGACUGGAACAGCUCGGCAAAGGAAGUGCCAUGUCCUACCACUUUGGGACGUGGGCUGGAGUGACAGGAUACUGGAUGCUUCUCAUUCUCGGCAUCAUGUUUGUCACAGCGCACAAGAAGAUCAGGAAACGGCACUUCGAAGUCUUCUGGUACACUCACCAUCUCGCCCUCGUGUGCAUGGGCAUGUUCGCCUUCCACGGUUACGGCUGCUUUGUCAAGACCAACGAAGGCCAGUGUCGAGGCUACGGAUCCUGGCGAUACAUUGUGCUAGCCUCCGUGAUCUACCUUGUCGAGCGCGCCAUCCGAGCUCUCGAGUCACGCCCCUCCAUUCCAUUAUCCCUGGCGAUUGCUCACCCUGGAGGCGCUAUUGAGCUCAACUUCAAGGAUCCGUCACUGCACUAUCGCCCAGGACAGCAUCUCUACCUCAAUAUACCCCAGCUGUCCAAGCUUGAGUGGCAUCCGUUCACCAUCACCUCUUCGCCUAUCGAGUCAACCAUUUCGCUACACAUUCGUCAGGACGGAGAUUGGACGAUGCAACUCGGACAACUACUCGGACACGGACCGGAAACCCCUCGAUUGGAGCAGGCUCAAGCAGUUCGGGAUCGAUCCUUGUUGCCAGAGAUCAGGAUCGAUGGACCCUACGGCGGGCCUAAAGAGGAUGUCCUGAACUUCGAUCACGUCGUCUUGGUCGGAACAGGGAACGGAAUUACGACCUUUUCAGGCAUUCUGCGACACAUUUGGUUUCGACAUCAGGAAACACAGAGCUCACGCCUCAAGACACUGGACUUGUAUUGGGUGUCGCGAGAUGCCAACAAGCUGGAUUGGUUUCAGUCCUUGUUCUUGAUGGAAAAGACUAUGGAACUUUUCAGGACAGGAUUGAUUCGCAUCCACAUCUACUUUACCUCAACAUCCACCAGACGGAAACCGAUCAUCAAGCGCGGAUCAAUGAUGAGUCGGUCCAAGAGUCAGGAUUCUUCAUACUCGUUACCAUUGCUUCGCACAGAAGGAUUGGCAUCGGGACGGUACUCAGAGGAUGACGAGGACGGUGAAGAACACGACGACUUGUUGUCGCCACUUGACCGCCCAAUUGGAUCCAGCUCGCUGAUCUCGUUGACCUCUAUCCAAUCUCCACCAUCCCACUCUCCAAUCACUUUCUCGGGAGGAGCUGCAGAAGAUGCCUACACGAGGUCGCUUGAGGGUAUGGAACAGGGCGAGGGCGAUGCCAUUAUCGGGCCAGAUAACAUUCAUCUCGGUCGACCUAAUUUCACUCUGGAAUUCGACAACAUGAGAGCCAAGUGGACACAGAGCGAUGCAUCCUCAGGGCGCCAGGUCAAAGUCGGCGUUUUUUACUGUGGGUCGCCUGGUCUAGGUAGAACCCUUGGGCGCGAAUGCCAGCGAGUGAGCACUUCCAAGAUGAAGUUUUCAUUUGUCGAGGAAUAA